GAAAUUAUCUAGUAGAGUGUUAUGAUGAAGACAAUCUAAUAUUUGAUGUUUCAGAAAGUUUUGACUCUCUUACAAAAUCUUCUAAAUUCGCAAUACUUGAUAAAAAAGGUAAAUCUUAUAAUGUUGCUGAUACACCUGGAAUUUUCGAUACCAAUGAUAUUAGCGAUGUAACCAUAAAUGAAAUCAUACGCACGAUAGUAAAUUGUUCUUCUGGCAUCAAGGCCAUAUUGUUUGUAUUUG